UCUUUUUAUUAGCGCCCAAAGUCGGGCCUAAGUAGGGCUGCAGCUAGGCGGGAUGUGAGGCAGGGGACAGGCUAGUUUACUGCAAGUUCCUGAGGGAGUCUUUUUCGCUGCUCCCGGAACCUGAAAUCCUCAGCUCUCAAGGGGGAGGGGGCCCUGAACGCGAGAGCGGGCGGCCGGAACCCAACGCCCCAGGCCGCGGCCGCCAGGGGACGCGAGUUCGCGCAGCCCCGACCCCGCGUGACCCGCUAGCAGCUUCCGGCACACACGGAGGAUGUGGCCGCUGUGCGGGGCACCUCGGGACCGGGCCCUGGCCCUGGCCCGUUGCCGGGGAGCCCGGGCUCUCAGCAGGGACGGGGGCGUCUCCUACACGCAAGGCCAGAGCCCCGAGCCCCGGACGCGCGAGUAUUUCUACUACGUGGAUCAUCAGGGUCAGCUUUUCCUGGAUGACUCCAAAAUGAAGAACUUCACCACCUGUUUCAAAGACCUGCAGUUCCUGGUCACCUUUUUCUCGCGCCUGAGACUCAACCGCAGCGGGCGCUACGAGGCCGCCUUCCCCUUCCUGUCGCUCUGCGGCCGGGAGCGCAACUUCCUGCGCUGUGAGGACCGGCCCGUGGUCUUCACACACCUGCUAUCGGUGGGCCCGGGGCCCCCGCGUCUCUCCUACUGCGGCGGCGGCGAGGCCCUGGCCGUGCCCUUCGAGCCCAAGCGCCUGCUGCCCUUGGCCGCCAACGGGCGCCUCUACCACCCGGCGCCGGAGCGCGCGGGCGGCGUGGGCCUGGUGCGCUCGGCGCUGGCCUUCGAGCUGAGCGCCCUCUUCGAGUACGCGCCCGGGGAGCCCGCGCAGCCCUCGCACGUGCGCUGGCAGGGCCGCCGCCUCGCGCUCACCAUGGACCUGGCCCCACUGCUCGCGACCCCGACGCCCUGACCCGCGCCCCCCGCGCCGCUGCGCACGCGCCCCGGCCGAGUGCGCGUGCGCGCCGGAGCCCGCGCCCCGCCCCCGCGCCGCUGUCCGAGGUGCUACCGCGGCCCUGGCCGGACGCGGGCGACGAGCGUCGGGGAGGCGGGAACCCGGGCGGGGUCGCGGGCCCGGGCUGAGCCCAGCCUGCGGCCAAGGGCUUCCGAGCUGCCCCGCGCUGACCGCAGCUGGCUUGGCCGCGGGAGGGCUCCGGCGCGCGUGCGCAAGCGGCGCCAGCUCCUCCCCGUGCGGCGCUGCUCGGUGGCGGGGGCCGCAGGGGGCUCGGCGGGGAGCGGCGGCGCGGGAGCGUCAGGUGAGCGGACGCGCGACCAAAGGUCGGCGGGGGCGGGCGGGGACGGCGGGACCACGCCCGCACACGAACCGGCCGCUGGGGACCGAUCUGCGCUGUAGUGGGAUGCGGGGCACAUCGCAGGCGACCGCGCGCCACGGGGAUCCCUCCUCUCGCCUGCACAUCCCCACACAGCCCCGGACACCCCGGGACUGACAGCAGCCGUCCACUCUCCCCCGCAGUAUUAAGGGGAAGCCUCUGGGUUAAAGGAUCCGGGAACUGGCCCUCCCCUCCGGCCCGGCCCGGCCCCUCCCCCUGUACAUAGACGUGAGUGGCUGUGUCCAGUCCCAAGGAGUAUGCCCGCUCCUUCCCCUCCGGAGGGAGAGUCCCUGCCACCAGGCAAAGGAGGGGGGGAGGGGAGGAGAACCCUUGGGCAGUCUCUGUGUGCAGGAACUGGAUCCCGGGCCCAGAGCACGUUCCCAGCUUCUGGAGAAUCUCACACAUCCUGAGACACCUAAGAACUGCUGCUGCCUUGGCCAACGCUAUUGCAUUAAAACUUUUGCUGCACCUGA